ACUUAGGCCUGAGCACAAUACCCUCACUGCUGUGGGAUUCUUUGGCUUGUUGCUGGACCUGUCUCAUGCUGUUUCUUUUUCUUUUUAUAUACACAGACACACAAGAUUUUAUUUCCUGUCCAGAAAAUCGCAGAAAUUUUAAAGCAGUAGCAGGUGUUGGUGAGGCCUGGGCAGCACAAGUGGUGUCGAUCUACAGUGGGUGCCUUAGCUUGGGCUGUUGUAGUUGAGAUAUUCAUGCUCCCGUGUGCUCAGACAAGUGUGCAGCUUUUGCAACCACCCUCCCUGAAAAUAACGCAAAUGGUCAUUAAAGAAGACAGCAUUAAAGAACUGGUAAAAUCAUAGCGCACCAGUGAAAAUGAAUAAAAUCAGCUCACAAAUGCCAUGCAGGACAAUGGAUGUAGAAAAGACAGGAGAUUGUGUAGCUCGGGGUGGGAGUGGCAGGGGCCAGCUUGCUGAGAGACAAACCACAGUCAGGUUGAGAGGUCGGAGAACAUGGAGAAGGUCCCAGCCAAGAAGUCCGGAUUGUGCAAGGGGUCUUUUCCCUACCUCGGUCAGCACCUGCGAACCUGCUGGGGAGCACCUGUACUGAAUGUAAAAUGCUGAGGUCCCUAGAAGGCCUCCAGCUCUAGGCAGGAGCUGAGCAGGAGGCUGUGGUGCCUUUCGAGAACAUGAGUCUGGACUCGGGGAGGAAUGGGUGGGCCUGCCAGCAAAGGUUUGUUGCUGUUUUAAAAUCACCUGCUGAGGAAAGAUGUCUUUAAUUGGAGUUCCUUUGUUGUUGGGUGGGGGUUUUUAUUUUGUUUUGAUAUCAGGAAUCGAACUCAGAACCUUGCACUUGUCAGGCAGACACUUGUGUCACUUGUCCUGGUCUGUUAGAUGGUUUUGAGUAGGGAUGUUAGAGACUUCAGAUUUUUUUAUAACAAUCACAUAAACCUCAUUAACAGGGUGUUAAUCCCUCCUCCUUCCGGGAUCAUAUUCACCUGGGGCUAAAAGCCAGGAACAUGAACUAACGGCUACAUCGCUAGGCCUGAACUGAAGCAAAGGGAAGGGAGUGGAGGAGCCAGCUCCACGGUGGAGCUCCUGCCUGUGAUGUGUGGUGCUGGGUCAGUGACACUUUCGGUGAUGCCAGCACCCAUUGCAGCACCGCACAGGUCUGUUCUGAGCGUGGCUGCACCGAAAACCAAAACAAAACUCUACAAAAAAACAAAGGAAGGCGUGACUGUCACCCACACAGUUUAUUCCACUGCAGCCAUUUCUCAGGCUGGGCCUUUGCUUCUCUCCUGCUUCUGUGCUUUCCCGGGACCAAAUCUCACAGGACCUUGACCUGACACGGAUGCUGCCCCGGUACGCCGGGUCUUGGUGGAGCACACAGCGCUCCUCACUCCUGUGGUUCUGGGUUCUUUGUGCCUUGCUGAGUGAAGUGGUUCAGUCCGCACACACAGGCCAUGUGGAACUCAGGGUGGAGUUUACUGUAAAGUAGACACAGAGACUUACGCCUUUACCUGGGGACACAGCAGUGCCACAGAGGCAUCCGCUCAGGUGGGAGUUUGAACACCUUUUUAGGCACACAAAAGUUACUCCUAGGGUCCAGGGAACUGAAAUGAUGAUGUUAUCAACAUUUUACUUAGACGUUACUCUGGAAGUGCAAAAUGUCUUCCUGUGCUUGUAGACAGUCUAUGUUUCCUCAAAGGCGUUAAUCAUGUAAGACAUUUACAAAAGGUCAGUUCUUCACAGCUCAAGGCCAGGUGUGUGUGUGUGUGUGUGUGUGUGUGUGUGUGUGUGUACAGACCUUCUCCUCCUGGCACCCUUGCUAUGUGUCCGGGUUGGGAGCUUGAUGACCAGGUAUCAGAAGAAAUGUGUGCAGCGUGUAACCAUAAAACGUCUGUGCUCUGUGGAGCGUGACCUAAUGUGUGAGACCUAACGAAUGAUCAUGGAUGUGUUCUACAUUGCCGGCUGCCUUUCCUGACCCACGGUGUGUGCUGUUUGGACCUUUGCCCCUCAGGCUCCCUGAUGUCUGACUUCGUGCCUUACAUUGUGCCACCCCCGUUCCCGCUGUCACAGGCAGUGUAAGGAGAGGGAGCGUGGGCUGGAGGCUCCCCCAGUGACACUCGGUGCAUGCCUUUCUGCCCGCUGCGCUGUGCUGUGCCGCUGCUCCAGCCAGUGCUCCAGCCAGUGCCCUGGACCAACACAGGUGCAGAGUCAGCGUUGGUGCAGGGCAGGCUGCAUUCACGCUGUGGGCACUUGCUCUGAAAAACCUCUUGCUAGGGGAGGGGUCGGUGUCCUGGAGAGGGGAUGGCCUUGUCCAAGGGCUCCGGCAGGGAAGAGUGCAGUACCUCAGGGUAUGGAGAGGGGUUUGAUUUGGCUUGCGUUGAGGUCAGGUUGGAGAUGUGGAGUGGCAGAAGCCGGGAGCCCCCGGCUGGACCUGGAUCAUCUUGGACAGGGAUUUUGACUUCACCUUGGGGCACCAGAAAGCCAUCGAGAGGUUUUAGCUAGGUAAAGGCACACACAGGCACCUUAAUUGUGGUGGGCUGUGUUUGAGAGACAAGGCCAGGGUAGUUGGAGCAUGCGGUACAAAGGAGAGGAGGAUUCAGGGUCCCCACUGCCGGAUCUGACCACGGCUUCUGAAGAACUUUUCACGUACAAUGCCAGCUGCAAGCUUUGGAGGCAGGGGCUUUGCCAUUUUUGCUCCCUGCUGUAACCUCAGUACCUGGCAUGUGGUAGACACCCAGUAAAUAGUGAGUGAAAUGUGGCUCCCUCUUGCUUAAAUCCUCCCAGCUUCCUGGACUGUUAGGAUAACGCAGAAUUCUUCACAAAGCCCAUGGUCCUGUUCCUGCCUGCCUGAGUGCAGCAGUCCACUCAUCCCUCGCUCAGGCCUGCGCACCCCCUCACCCCAUCCCUCUGUCGAUUCCCAGCUUACAGCCUCUCUGCUCCUCAUUGGCCUCAAUCCCUCUGCCUGUGACCUUCCCUCCCACCCCUCAGUGGCACCAAGGUGCAGGGUGAUGCGGAGCACAGAAGGAGCCACUGGUUAGCAGGGGCACAGCCCCAGCUCUGCCCGUGCACCUGACAGGGCCCCAGUGCAAGCUGGCAGUGAGGGGGCUCAGGUGGGGAUUCCCAGCGCUGCCUCCAUGUUGGAAUCCCUGGGGAGGCUUUGGGGUCUGUUAAAUACCGAAGCCUGGGCCUCCCCUGAAAGUUCUGACGUGGUUGGUCUGGGCAAUUCUUCCCUGUCAUUAGGCUUCAGACUGCCUGCCACAUGUGGAAGGACUCUUCCCUGAGUUUGCAGGUGGGGAGCACCACGUGACUCUGAGAUGUUUCAGGGAAGGGGACUGGGUGUGUGACACUACAGUAGACAUCGCUAAAGCAGAAACAGAGAACUCCCAGUUUUCUUGCAGGGCAAGGCAGCUUGGCAGGGCAGCCACAGGGAAGGCACUGUAAAACCUUAUCUUACCUGCUCCCAGCAAGUACAGGCUUCCGAACCUGCGGGAAUUUCCACUGCUCAGAGCUGGCCCUAGCCAUCCCUGAGUGUGCGCAGCCUGCAUGGCCUUUAGAGCAGCAGUAGUGCUUGGUUCAUGCGAGACAGGAACACUCUGGUGACCGCAGAAAGGUGUUGUCCGCCCAGUCUUGGGGUCUCCUCAGGCUGUGGCAGGAAGAGGCAGUCAUUCCUCUUACACUUGCUUUCUGUCCUCUCCAGGUUUAGAGUUAGAGUCACUUUUGCUUCUGGGAGAGUUUAUGUAUUCAGAUUAGGAAAUGGACCUUACUAAUGUGGGACCCAAGAACCCUUAAACAGGGUUCCCAAUGACAUGAACCUCAACUCUGCAUUGAGUUUGCAGGAAAAAGGGGCUCUGGAGCCCAGGGCAUGCUGAGAAGCAUCUGGAGUAACCCUGCGAGCCUUGAACUGGGAGCUGGGAAGCCUGGCUGCCAAUCCAGGCCCUUCCACUUGCCUCACAGUUGACACCUGGGAGUCAAUAACUGGGACUCCUGGUCUCUUGGGCCACCUCUGAUGACAUGCAGGAGCCUGAGGAGAGGGGGCAGGAAACAAAGUGCUAGGUAGUGGGGGUAUGGGCCAAGCCCAGACCAUGGAGAAGCAUGCCUGUAAUCCCAGCUCCAAGGAGGCUGAGGCAGGAGGAUUGGUGCCAAGUUUGAGGUCAGCCCAGGUUACAUAGUUCAAGGCCAGCCUGAACUACAUGGUGAGACCCUGUCUGAAAAAUCCAAACAGAAGAAUAUGGAGGGAGAAUAGCCCCUCCGGGUCAGAAGUCAGCCGGAGAGGCAGAAGGCCAGGGCUCAGACCCUUUGCCAUCAGGACUGGGCCUGGGCAGGUGGAGGUGAGGCAUGCAGUGUGACCCACAAGGUGAGAUGUCACAGCAGCUCUGUGAUUUUCACAGCGGGGAGUUGUGCCUGCCUGUGCACUGCCACCUCCUGCGGAUCUGCUGCCAGGUGUUGAUUAGGCCCCUAGGCCCCGGAGCGUGGGAGAUGCUCGACUUGAGGGCAGAAGCAAUUGCAGGGAAGUGGAACUCAGGGAAAGGUGGGGAGUAGCCUGGUUCUGCCUGUGAGGACAUAGCAGGCCUCACCCUCAGGGGCCCUCAUCCUUGGGGCGUCUUCCUGCUUCUGCGGGGUCACCGCCAGCUAGCUCUCGGCUUCCUGAAGAGGCAGGAGAAUCACAUGCCCAAACUGGGGCCAUGUGACUUGAGGUACAGGGUGGUUCCUGGUGCACGGUGCCCCUUUGGGGUUGAGAACUCUCCCUAGAGUAAAGGGACUGGGGGCUUUGCUGGGAAUUUUCUGACACUGAUGUUGUAUCUGUGGCUUCUGUGUGCCCAGCCAGGAGUGAAGGGAUAGUGGUGAAGAAUCUCAGAACGCGGAAGGCAGAAGUGACGGGAAAGGGCAGGCUCAUUGGGAGUGAGGAGUGGCGGGUCCAUCUGGAGAGGGUGGAUUUGCUGAAUCUCACAGGAGAGGGAUAGGGAGAGCGAGAAGCUCUCCUGUUUGCCCUUGUCUUGCACUCAGCCCUGCUCCUCCCGUUUGCUUUCUUGCAAGGAAAAGUGCUGGUCCUUAAGAUCACUUAGUGUGACCCCCAAGGCCAGGUGAGUCCGGCUAGUGUCAGCAGAACACUCGCCCGUUUGCCCUUGUCAGCAGCGCUCAGCUUGCCGUGGGAGCCGUCAUCCCAGUGUGCUGACCAGGGUGCCAGUGUGGAUCGUUCUGCCUAUGCUCGGCCAGAAAGAGUGGGCCAGGCCCGAGUCCCAGCCACGUGCUGCUGGGCAAGUUGCUUAGCCCUGCCAAGUACCAUGGGCACGAAACAACAGGAGGAAUACGGGGCUGAUGCCUGUCCAAGUGGCUGGUCAGCGGGCUGCUGGGUGUCAGAGCCGGAGGGAGACCCUGGGCUGUCAGUGCCUGCAUGUCCCUGCUGGGUCUUGUCUGCGUGUACUCAGCAGUGCCACCGUGAGGCUGGAAAGCGACCAAGCGGAGUCUGUCUGACCUGAUGAUGGACUGGAUGGGCCAUGGCAGAAGGCACUGCUGGUUCGUGGCCUCCUCAGAGCAGACUCUCAGGUGCUUCUAUUUUUAUUUUUUAAUCAGUAUCGGGGAUCGAACUCACGACCGCUUGUUUGCAAGGCAGGUGCUUAUGCCACUGAGCUAAAUCCCCAGCCCCAAGAAAAUACUUCUUAAUAUGAUCUAAUGCCCAUCCUGUUUUAAAAUUUUUCAUAGUAGGCCCCAAACAAUUUUUACAGCUUUUUUAAAAGCUAGGGUUUAGCCAGAGUUUAUCUUUUGUAUUUGGUUAUUUUUCUUUUAUGACAUUGAUUUGUUUAAAAGACCAGACAAGUUUUUGUGUGGAAUUUCCACACUCUGGACUUCCCUAUUGUUCUCCUUGUACGGUUUGACUCUUCUGUCAUCAGUUUCUCUGUGGUAACAACUUCCGUGCUCCUUUAGAAUAUGAUAACUCUCAGACUUUGUAUUUCUGUAAGCUGAGUUAAAUCGAAAUGUUUGAUUAGAUUCCUUCAAGUCGAACAUUUUUGCAGGUAAGGUGCGGUUCAUGGGGUGCCUCUUCGGGAGCAGGUGCCAAUUUGCCAUCUGUGGGUGACGCAGUGGUGGCAUGGUCCCGCAGCCCAGGCCUAGGCUAAGGUCAGAUCACAGCGGCAUCUCUUACCAUAUCUUAUGUGGAAGGGAACUCCAGCUGAGCUCUUCAUAGCUCUGCAUUCGUCCAGAGGAGAAGCCCCACCGGUUAACAGAGACUCCACUGACCCAGGGUACAAUGGCCACAUCAGCCCCGCUGCGAAGUCUGGAGGAGGAGGUGACCUGCUCCAUCUGCCUUGACUACCUGCGGGACCCCGUGACCAUUGACUGUGGCCACGUGUUCUGCCGCUGCUGUACCGCCGAUGUGCGCCCCAUUUCGGGGGGCCGCCCAGUCUGCCCGCUCUGCAAGAAGCCCUUCAAGAAGGAGAACAUCCGGCCCGUGUGGCAGCUGGCCAGCCUGGUGGAGAACAUCGAGAGGCUGAAGGUGAACAAGGCCCGGCAGCUGGGAGACAUGGCCCAGGAGCCGCGGGACCCCAGGCUGUGUGAGCGGCACCAGGAGAAGCUGCACUACUACUGCGAGGAUGACAGCAAGCUGCUGUGCGUGAUGUGCCGGGAGUCGCGGGAGCACCGGUCACAUGCAGCUGUGCUGGUGGAGAAGGCCGCCCAGCCCCACAGGGAAAAGAUCCUGAACCACCUGAGUGUCCUAAGGAGGGACAGAGACAAAAUCCAGGGCUUUCAGGUGAAGGGACAGACUGACAUCCUGGCUGCACUGGCAAAGCUGCAGGAGCAGAGGCAGUGCAUCGUGGCAGAAUUCAUGCAGGGCCACCAGUUCCUGAAGAAGCGGGAGCAGCAUCUGCUGGACCAGCUGGCCAUCCUGGAGCAGCUACUCAUGGAGGGCAGGGAGAAGUUCAAGACUCGGGCCGCCGGGGAGCUAGCCCGGCUGGCUCUGGCCAUCUCUGAGCUGGAGGGCAAGGCCCAGCAGCCAGCCGUGGAGCUCAUACAGGGAGAUGCCGCCAUGGGGGCGCACAGUUGUGCAUCUCUGAGGAAGAGAGGCCCCUGGCUGGGGGCGGUGGGCUGCCUGAAGGAGUGGAGGAGGUGGCAGUGCCUGCGGGAAGGGAGAGAAGAAGUCUCUGCCCAGAUAAAACUGGCAUGGGAAGCGCCAGGGCUGGACACCAGAAACUUCGUGAACAGGUAUCCACGGAAGAAGUUCUGGCUUGGGAAACCCAUCCCUCACAUGGUUAAAAGAAAGACUGGAGAAUUCUCAGAUAAAGUCCUCUCCCUGCAGCGAGGCCUGAGGGAGUUCCAGGGAAAACUGCUGAGAGACUUGGAAUACAAGACGGUCAGCGUCACCUUGGACCCGAAGUCCGCCAGUGGGUACCUGCAGCUGUCAGAGGACUGGACAAGCGUGACCUACAGCAGCCUGUCCCAAAGUGCCUCCCUGCACCCCCAGAAGUUCGACCAUGAGCCAGCCGUGCUGGGCAGCAAGGGCUUCACCUGGGGCAAAGUGUACUGGGAGGUAGAGGUGGAGAGGGAGGGCUGGUCCGAGGAGGAGGAGGAGGAGGAGGAGGAGGAGGAAGAGGAGGAGGAGGGGGAUGAGGAAGAGGAGGGGGAGGAGGAGGAAGAGGAGGAGGCCAGCUAUGGGAAUGGCUAUGAUGACUGGGAAACGGAUGAGGAUGAGGAGUCACUGGGGGAUGAGGAGGAGGAGGAGGAAGAGGAAGCGCUGGACAGCUGCAUGGUGGGGGUGGCCAGAGACUCUGUGAAGAGGAAGGGUGACCUCCUGCUGCGGCCAGAGGAUGGGGUGUGGGCACUGCGCCUCUCCUCCUCCAGCAUCUGGGCCAACACCAGCCCCGAGACGGAGCUCCUGUCUGUACCGCGGCCCCGGAAAGUGGGCAUCGCCCUGGAUUAUGAGGGCGGCACUGUGACAUUCACCAAUGCAGAGUCACAGGAACUUAUCUACACCUUCACCGCCACCUUCACGGGGCGCCUGCUCCCCUUCCUGUGGCUCCGGUGGCCGGGAACACGCCUCCUGCUGAGACCCUGAGCCCAGCCACAGGCUGCAUCUCCCUGGAGACCUGGACCUUGGCAGGAGGGUGCCCUGACAGAGCGGCGGGGCAAGAAGACAGACCGAGUCCACUGCCCCUGCUCCGCACUGUGGCGGCCCUGAACCCUGCUGGUCCUCGGCACUGCUCUAGUCAGCUGCUCUCUCCCGCUGCUGGUCUCCUGUAGACCUCUUGACCUGGAAGUCCGUGAGGACCCUUCUUUCCUUUCCAGCCACUCUGAACCCCACUGUGAGCUCUGUGUGGGGUGAGGGGCUGAGGCAGCGUUUUCUGCACCAGUGUGGUACCUGUGCUGGCUGCCCUGGGAAGGACAUCAAUGGCACCUGAGACCACUUCGACGUCUUCAAUCCCUGUGGCUUCUCCAGUUCCGAGUUCUCUGCUGCCCACCGGCCCUGGCAUUUAGAGCACACCUGUCCCCACCCCAGUUUGAAGUUAAAGGUCCAUAAGAUGUGGAAAUACACUGAACUGAGAUCCACUCAGGCCCAGGGGCACUGGAGGCCGUGAGGCCCAGCAGCUUGGUUCUGUCGCUGGCGACUCCCUGGAGCCAUCUUUCUCCAUGGAGACCCUGGACCACGUGUGGGAUGAGAGCCUUAGUCCAUGAGAGAUAAGUUCCCCCGCAGAUGGGUCCUUGUGUUGGGGGUUUUCAGAGGGGUCCAGAACAUCUGGCUCUCCACCAUCUGAAAGCCAGGGCAGACACCAGGGGCACAGAGCCACCUCCACAGGGCCUUUCCUGCCUCAGGGCUCAGGCUCACUUCCUGGGAGGGGGAGGCAGUGGAGUCCACCCCCACCCUCCUUCCAGUCUGGCACUGAAGUGUGUGCAAACCCCACUAAAGCCCCCAUCUUUUUUCAGGGACCCCCUAGCACCCCCAGUUUAACACACAUUCCACAGUUUAGCCAAAGCGAUCCCUAGUCUUCACCCUGACCUGUUCCAGGUGCUCCGCCAGCCCUCCCUCCGCACGUUCGAAUCUUCCUCACCAGGCACUGUGGGUCUUGUGGCCUCCCAGCCACAGGUCUGCUGCCUGAGUCGCACCCCCAUCUCAUUUCUGCCUCUGGUUUGCUAAGCUCCUGGAGGGCUGAUGCCAGCUCUUAACACCUGUAUUCUCCAUGGCACCUGGCACAGUGCUGAUCACAGAGCAUUUGCUCAAUAAAGACUUGUUGAAUGAA